AUGGCAAAGUGCUGGAAUGUCACCUCUUUAGUGGCACUAGCACUGCUAGGGUGCUUAGUUUGGACAAAGGUAGAAGCUCAGUACCCGUCUAUGUAUACAAAGGGUGCUACACUUCCUCAGGUACCAUUAGUUCUUCCAGGAUCUUUUGUCCGGAAUCGGGUUCCUCAAACUGUUAAACAGCCACAGCAACUGCAGCCACCACCGCAUCUGCAAAAACCACAGCCACCACAGCGACCGCAGCCACCACCACCGCUGCCACCACCGCCGCCACCGCGGCAACCACCGCCACCAUGGCCACUACCGCAACUGCAGCCGCAGCCACCACUGCCGCAAACACAGCCACCACCCCUGCCACCAUGGCCACUACCGCAACUGCAGCCACCACCACCGCCGCCACUACUGCAACCACCGCAACCACCGCCACCGCCACCAUGGCCACUACCGCAACCGCAGCCACCACCGCCGCCACCACCGCCGCCGCCACCACCGCAACCGCAGCACUCACAGCAACGCCAGCACUCUCCUUCUUUCCCGAGUUGUGAGGUGGCAGCAGCCCAGAGAAUCCCCUGUGGAGGUUCUGGUAUCUCUGCAGCUGCAUGUAAAGUGAUUAGCUGCUGCUUUGAUGGCCAAGGAUGCUACUUCGGAAAAGCAGUGACUGUCCAGGUCACCAAGGAUGCCCAGUUCAUUGUUGUAGUGGCCAAAGAUGCCACUCUGCCCAGCAUUGACCUUGAGUCAAUCUCACUGUUGGGACAUGGUCCAAGCUGUACAUAUGUUGACUCCAAUUCAGAGUUUGUCAUUUACCAAUUUCCUGUUACUGCCUGUGGCACCAUUGUUAUGGAGGAGCCUGGUGUUAUUAUCUAUCAGAACAGGAUGUCUUCCUCAUUUGAAGUGGGUAUUGGGCCUUUUGGAGCCGUUACCAGGGACAGCUCCUUUGAAUUGCUCUUCCAGGGUAGGUUCACUGGCACUUCUAUUGAAACUGUGGUUGUAGAAGUAUUACCGCUACAAGAUCCUCCUCUACCGGUUGCUGCUCUGGGACCAAUCACUGUACAGCUGAGGUUGGCUAACGGACAAUGCUAUACAAAGGAUUGUAAUCAACUGGAUGCGGCCUAUAGCUCUUUCUACACAAAGACAGACUAUCCUGUGACCAAAAUACUGAGGGACUCUGUGUAUGUGGAGGUUCAACUCCUUAAAAAGACAGAUUCCCUUCUUGUCCUGACUCUUGGUCGAUGUUGGGUAACCGGUGGCCCCAACCCUUCCAGUCUGCCCCAGUGGGAAAUUAUCACAGACGGGUGUCCAAACAAGGAUGAUCACUACUUGUCCUCACUGAUUCCAGUCGUUUCCUCCUCUGGUCUGGACUUCCCUAGUCACUACAGGCGUUUCCUUUUCAAAAUGUUUACUUUAGUGGACCGCAAUUCAUUGCAACCCCUGAAGAAACAGGUGUACAUUCACUGCAGUACAGCUGUGUGCCAAGCUAUGCCCGGCAGAAACUGUGAACCGUCAUGCGCCAGCAAAAUGAAGAGAGAUGUGGAGGCUGUGGACCAGAUGAAUGCUGAGCCUAAGAUUGUGGCUUCUGUUGGACCAGUGAUCAUGGAGCAGUAAACAGCACCGUGUCAAGCUCAAGAAUUUGGCUGAAAGCAUUUAGUAAAAAAUUUGCAACAGUAACAUGGUUUAGUUUUGUGAUGUGAAAUUUAAAUGACAUGCAAAAAGUCAAAAGUGAAAUAACACAACGGAUUACAUUCAUCACAUGGUCACAUCCAUAUUAAAAAUCCUAGAAGUUUUCCCUGACCCUGACCUGACUCCUGGGACUUUUACAACUGUACCCCAGCCUCUCCUGACCCUCUUGCCCCGCCCCUUAAAAAUAUCCUAUGCAAAGAGCAGAACUUAAUUGUGAAUUUAAAAGGGAUGUAAUAAAAGGACAAAUGUCUUAAAAACACAUUACAGUGCAGUAAUAAUAAAAUGCCUUCAUUGUUGUAGCACAUUAUAAAACUAUAUUUGCUGUGCAUUUCCUGAGAAGGUACAUGAUCAAUGCACAUAUGCUGCCGUGCUUACACACCACAUACACACAUACGCGCACCUUUCAUGCUAAACCACUAAUAUUAAUAAAAUACAAAUAAUAAAUAA